CUGCAGCCAAAGAUGAAUUUUGUCUUGUGGUUCUUUUUGUUUGACCUGACUAUUGCCCAGCACUUUACCCCACGAUGGGGUCCACGCCUACCAAGAAUGCGUCGGCCCUUACCAGGGUCCCAUCCGUGGCCACGAUUUUACCGUCGAACAUUCUGGUUUAGGCAUUCAAAACCACCAAUCCCGCCGGGUCAUUUCGCAUACCAUCCAAUGCCUCGGUUCCCAGUGCGCCAUCUGGCACAUCAUCAUGCACCACAACCAGUUUACAAUCCUCCACCGCCCGAACUCGCGUUUCAUUUCAAGCCACAGAUAGGUUUUCAGUCAAACAUUCAUCAAUUCCAAAACGGCGAACAAGCGUGGCAAAGCAACCCAGUAGGUGAGGAGACCAGCCUCUACAAAAAUACUCCUGAUGGAUCACUCGCUAAGGGUUACGUGGAUCCCCUGAAUACAAAGAAGACUGGUGAGUCAGAAAUACAACUCAAAAAAGAUGAGUAUCAUGUUACGAAAAAGGAAAAUGAAGCUUCCAAAGUUGCGGAGAAGGAAGAUUUAGUUGUCCCCCCAAAAAAGACAGAAUCUUUAGAAAUUGGCCCCUAUGACAAAUGGUUGCAGAUGUACAAGAGGCGGAAUCUGCUGAACGACAAGUAUUCAGAGGAAUCAGAGGACGUUAACUACGGCAUUCCUCAGCUUAACACCUACCCGAGAGAUGAAAAAGAAGAGCCAUCCUUAUGGCGAAAGAAACAGGAUUCUACUGAAUUGGAUGAUAACUAUUCAGGGAGUGAAUUUGAUGCUGUCGAACAGGAAACAUAUGAAAAUACGGUACCGAAGAAAUUCCGCUCUAAAGUAAGAGUCGGUGGCGAUAAUAUGGAUGAGGAUAUGUACAAAAGUAAUACGAAAGAACGAAUUGCUGAUGUAUACAAACCAGAGUUACACAAUGGCCUGUCAUUAAAGAAAAUGCAUAUGAACUCUUUUCCUAUGGAUGCAUUAGCCAGUAAGGAACUGGAUGAAAUUCGAAGGCACAUAAAAGCAUUCGAAGAUCGUGAUGAGAGAUAUUCAAAAAAGGUGCACAAACUUGGAACUACAUGGAUGGACUCUGACGAUUAUAAAUUGAACAAGCUUCUUGGACACAAUAUCCAAACAAACUUAUACAAUGAUGAAGAACGAACAACACUUCGAAGACAUAAAUCCCCUUUUGCAGGUAACAAAGCUAGGGAACUUGCAAGACUCCGCAGUCAAGAGAGGCUUUUGAAGAAAAGCAAGCCACGCGGAAUGAGAAAAGUCAAAGAUAUGAGGGACACAUUUGAGUAUUUGAAUUCUGAGUAUUUGGCACCAAAAGGCGACCGCAAACGCAAAGCUUUAAUGAGACAAUUGUCGAAACAUGUUCGAGGACGCAGUCGUUCCACUGUGUAUGUUGGUGACCACAAGUCACCUACGAAACCAUCUGAGAAGUUUCCCAGUAAAAUUUCGAAUGAAGGAAAAAACAAUCGUCAUGGGAGGCCUGCCAAAAAUGUUCGCAGCGCGUUCGCAGAAUAUGGCAGGUAUAAGCCUGUUGAAGUUAUUGAGGAGGAGGAAUAUGUAGAAGAUCAUGCAGUUGAUAUUGGACCGGCCAUACCAUUGAACAGUUAUAAUAACUAUUAUUAUUAA